AUUCAGGAGCGAGACCAGUCGAUAAGGCAGGCAUGGUCUAUCCGCCAGCUUUCCUCCCAUCCAGAUUUCCAGCCCUCGCUCCAGCGGGGUCUCUGCUCGCAGCCCUUGUUCGAGCUUCUUGAUACAUGACUGUCUGGGACUAUGGCGGGUGGAUGACAGGGCCGCGACAUAUGGACAGCAUACAGCACGUAGUAAAGGUUUUCGUUGACGGAAUGGAUCGCGUAUAAUGACUGAUUAGUAAAGCGCGACGGGACGCCUACAUAUCUUUCAGAAUGCUGCGUGCUGGUCGUUAGAGAUCCGUCAGAAUGCCGGUCAGAGUGACGGGCCGUCAGUCGACGUCGGCUAGUAUCUCUCACAGCCGCGCGGCUCGCACCUUCCUCGUUCAUAAGCUGCGAUCGUGUGUCAAGAUGGGCGACGAAGCGCUAGCGUGCGUUAGAUCUGUGGUUUCUAGCAUUCUAGAUCGUAACUGUAAAUCUUGCUCCCCUGCUGUAAAUCUAGGCGAAAGUGACGCAUUAUCCAGUCGUCGUACGUUGCGGGCUGGCCACAAGGUGCUUCUGCAGAUCGACUGUAGCUGGGUCGCCGCUCGUCCCAUUUGGUCCCCUCGCGAAGCGCGCUUGUUGCGCCGCCGUUGCUGCACGUGUCGUCCUUGCUCCCUUCCCCAUUCCCGCUUCCCCCUUCUCAAUUCCCCCUGCCAGCUGCCCGCUGCCGGCUGCCCGCUUCCCGCUGCACGCUGCACGCUGCACGCUGCACGCUGCCCGCUGCCCGCUGCCGGCUGCCCGCUGCACGCUGCACGCUGCACGCUGCACGCUGGCCGCUUCCAGCUGCACGCUGCUCUAAGUCUGACUGCCAGAGAUCCGACUCUGACCGCCAGCACUCUGAGUCUGACCGCCAGAGCCCUGACUCAGACCACCAGAGCUCUGACUCUUCUGCUGCUAAACCACUCACCUGCACCCGCCCCUGCUGUUGAACCACUCACCUGCACCCUCCCCUGCUGUUAAACUACUCACCUGCACCCUCCCCUGCUGCUAUACCACUCACCUGCACCCUCCCCUGCUGUUAAACCACUCACCUGCACCCUCCCCUGCUAUUGAACCACUCACCUGCACCCUCCCCUGCUUUUAAACCACUCACCUACACCCGCCCCUGCCGCUAAACCACUCAUCUGCACCCUCCCCUGCUGCUAAACCACUCAUCUGCACCCUCCUUUGCUGUUAAACCGCUCACCUGCACCCUCCCCUGCUGCUAAACCACUCAACUGCACCCUCCCUUCUGUUAAACCACUCACCUGCACCCUCCCCUGCUGUUAAACCACUCACCUGCACCCUCCCCUGCUGUUAAACCACUCAUCUGCACCCUCCCCUACUGUUGAACCACUCAUCUGCACCCUCCUUUGCUGUUAAACCACUCACCUGCACCCUCCCCUGCUGCAAUACCACUCACCUGCACCCUCCCUUGAUUGCCAAAUCACGCACCUGCACCCUCCCCUGCUGCCAAACCACUCACGAGAUGAUCAAGCAAGCAGUGGCUGUUUCCCCUUGCCUCCCAACCAAUCACCCCUUUCCUCUCAGGCAACCCGUGCUUCUGAUCGUCCCGUGCCUCCAAAUCAACCCCAUGUUCCCCCAAUCACCCCCGUGUUCCCCCAAUCACCCCCGUGUUCCCCCAAUCACCCCCGUGUUCCCCCAAUCACCCCCGUGUUCCCCCAAUCCCCCCCGUGUUCCCCCAAUCACCCCCGUGUUCCCCCAAUCACCCCCGUGUUCCCCCAAUCCCCCCCGUGUUCCCCCAAUCACCCCCGUGUUCCCCCAAUCACCCCCGUGCUCCCCCAAUCACCCCCGUGCUCCCUCAAUCACCCCCGUGUCCCCCCAACCACCCCGUUCGGCCAACCCUGAAUCCCCAACCAGUGGACAGACAAGAGGACACGGUGGUGGUGUUCUGUGCGACAGCUUACUGCAACACUUCUGCUCUUGCUCAGGUGCCCGUGUUGAAGUCGUGUGCACAGCACAAGUGCAGACAGGUUAUAGCUUCUCCUUCCCUCAGAUUGCCAUGAGGGCUGUCUGUGAUAGAUGAUGUAGAAGUUGGUUACACACUCAGACUUCCCGCUCCACCCUCACCUCUUGUAGGGGAUGCCUUGCAUGCGUGUGCGCCAGGCCCCUAGAUUGGUUUUGAGGCCUCCUGAUGACUCAGGGGUGGCGCUCGUUUUUUGCCUGUAUUUUCAGGACGCCUAGUGGAAACCAAGCUUAUGAGUCAGGACA